AUGCCUUUCUCAGCUGCUUCGUCCCUGUAUUUCAGUGCUCCUGGUGCUGCACCAACCGAUGGGACUCGUCGUCUCCUCGCGCGCGGUCGUGAUCAAGAAACUUACAGGAUCAUGAUCAGAAUCGCGAUUCUCGUUCUUACGAUUAAUCUGGUGAAGGGCCAGCUCAACUACGAGGGAAACCCGUUCACGGAAUACACCGAGUAUAUUGCCGAAGAGAGCAAUCUUUCUGAAAAGUCUGCCAGGAAGAAUGACGCCUCAUUCGAUUACCCGAACUCUGAAAUAUCAUCGCCUUCCCAGAAACUAUAUCCAAUCGUAGAAUCCGAGGUCGACAAGAAUCUACAUCAAGUGACGGAACCUGACAAUCUUCUUACUGAUAAAUUGCAAAAACAAACUUCAUUCUCGGUCCAAGCCUUCCGAUCGAACGACACAAACAUGCAUUCCGCUCGCCAGUUCCAGGUUUCUUCCGAUCAGAAUUCAGCAGAGCUCGCGCUGAACACGUUUCUAAAUUCCAAAACACCCGAAGAGUCCCGCUUAUCUCUCGAACACUAUCUCCGCAGCCAAAAUUCGCCAAACGCACAGUCUCGAUCCUCGAAUGUGAUCAUCGGUCAAAAUAAAAGGAUGAUCGAACCAACGUUCGAUAUUAAACGGCCAUUGAACUCUCAAAUGGAACAACAGCAGUCGUUGGUAGUUCCUCAGGUAAACCAACAACUGAUACCAACACCGCAAGUGAAUCAGGGUCAACUGGUACCGCAGGGCCAGCUAAUGUCGCAGAACCAGCUAGUACCACAGAAUCAGCUAGUGCCGCAAAAUCAGUUAGUGUCACAGGGCCAGAUGUUACCGCCUAUCGGACAGGCUUAUGACUAUGUGGGACAACCGCCUCCAAUUCAGCCCGUAAUCAGGGCACCCGCGGGAAUUAUCUUGGGACAUGGGAUGAUGCAGCCCGUACCGCUUAUGCCCGGCUUUCACACCAGGAACGAUAUAACGCCAGCAAUGUGGAGAGAAAGGAUGAGAAGAAUUCGCGGACAGCCGUUUCCUUUUGCGCAACCUAGGCUGGCACCAGGAUUGUACAAAGGAACGAUCGCAGUUCCUUUCAAGCCCAAGGCUCCGAUCGAGGUGAUUUAUACGAAGCCGCCGGGUUUUCAUCGAGGACCGCCCAUCAUCAGUAAUCCACCGGUUCCUUACGAAGAUGCGAGCCCCUGGUUCCCCGAAGCCGAUCAUCCGCCGUCUCAGAAGGAUGUCUACUAUUCGCAGCUGUAUGCGCAGUCCUACGAUCCUCAUUAUUACAAUUACAUUGCCACGACCGGUAAGAUACGGCCGUACCUCUAUGGGAAGCUGGGAAAACGUGAAGAGGAAAAGGACGAUGGUAUCUGGUCGGAGUUGUAUCGCGGCUUCACGAAGCAUGGCCUGAAGAACAUCAUGACUCCGACCUUCCUUUUGGGCAUGACGUUACCGGUGGUGACCCUGAUGCUCUCUGCCCUCGUGCAAAAGCGAUCCCUUGCGCGAUCGGAUGGGGCGAGAAACUUGGACCAAGAGGAUGCUCUGCAAGAAUAUCUCGAGAGGUUGCAGAGAGCGAUGGAAUGUUAUGCUGGUAGGAGCUCUCAAGAUGCGAAGUUAGACGGAUGCUAGAAUAGAUUAAGAAAAUAUUCUGAUGCUGGAUGAGCCGUUGGACGGAAUGAUGGCGCGAUUUAAUCGAAAUAAAGUUCUUAAGUCCGGUCUUAAUGUCAAUGUUGAAAAAUUGCAUUAAUUAUUCAAGCAAUAAAAAUAUACAUGUGGAUAAUAAUAAAUUGCUUUCAUAUUCAAAUAGAAUAUGUAAUGUGUGUUAUAAUGAAUGUAAUAUUUCCUGCUUAUUCUUUUAUUAUGAAUAAGAUUAUUUAUUAUCGACGUUCAUGUUAAAAUCGGGCUAUUUUCAGCGCAACACUUAUACCUCUUCAUUUCAUUCGACGGCUCAAAUGUGGCCGUCUGAUUCUGACAUUUAUUUAUGUAAAUCAUGCUGAUUAAUUUAUCGAAAUCGGAUAGCCACAUUUGCAAUAAAUAUAUGGGGAGAGUAUGGAUUAUUGGUGCUUAAAUCGCGAUAAAAAACACUGAUAUCACGCGUGCUUUAUAGAGGUAAACGUAUAAAAUGCUUUUAAGCGGCCAUGCUAACUAACGGGUGUGAUAAUAUUGCAAUCUAUCAUUUUCUGAUAUAUCGCGCCUAGAUAUUUUAUUAAGAAACAAUUCAUACGUAAGAGAUUGCCGUUCAAUUCUGAACAUCAUAAAUUUUUAGAAAGAUGUAUAAAAAUAAAUUUAUAUACCAAAGUCAUCAAAUGCCAUGAGUUUAUAAAUGACAUCGCGACAUAAAGAAUUGAUAAAUAAAUUAUGUCAUACAAAUCACAUAAAACAUAAUAUAACAAAAAUGCAUAUUUAGGAAUCAAUAAUUUUAUAAGCUAAGAGAAAAAUUUAUAUAAAUGAAUGUAAUUUCCAUCUAAUGAAACGAUCGUUUCCGGCAAUUCACGUGGAAAAUAACUGUUUUCCACAUGAAUUACAUUUCAACUCUCGCGAUAUGGCAGAGACCUAAUACGCACGUGUACGCAAUGUAUUAUUAGUAUUACGCAAGAUCGGCGUUUCUUAUGUUACAAGUCGUUAAAAAAAAAAAAA